GUAUUCCUUUUCACUCGGGAGUGUUGUUUUGUCCAUCUAGAAUAAAGUCAGUGUAAUUUUCAUCAGUUUUAGAGCAAUUACAAAGGAGAAACUGUGAUAUGGACGACUUUGACGACUCAGGGAGCUGGGAUGGUGAUCCCUACGACCGCUCGUACGAUUCUCUGCACGGGGAGGAUCAUGAGGGGGAGGGGGGCGAUGAGGAGGAUAUGGCGGUACAACAGGAGUGUCUGGAGGCGUUUGGGAACAGGGACUACAUCAUGGAACCUGGGAUCUUCAACAUGCUGCAGAGAUACUUCCAGCAUGGCGGUGCUCCAGAACAGGUCAUUGACCUCCUGUCCACCAACUACACAGCCGUGGCACAGAUGGUCAAUGUGCUGGCAGAGUGGCUCAUUCUAACAGGUAUGAAGCCGACAGAGGUACAAGACAUGGUAGAGGAUCACCUGAAGGAGCUGGUACUUAAGCACUUUGACCCGAAGAAGGCUGAUACCAUUUUCUCAGAGGAAGGAGAGACUCCUGCCUGGCUGGAGGAGAUGAUCGCCCAUCCCAAGUGGAGAUCACUCUUCUACAAACUAGCCGAGGAUUACCCAGAAUGCCUCAUGCUCAACUUUACCAUCAAGCUGAUCUCAGACGCAGGUUACCAGGGAGAGAUUACCAGUGUGUCCACGGCCAGCCAGCAGGUGGAGGUGUUCUCCCGCGUGCUGAGGACGUCCCUCACCAACCUGCUGGAGGGAGGGGAGGAGGGACUGGAGAAAAACCUCCCCGAGAUUGUUAAAAUGGUCUGCCAUGGGGAACACACCUACCUGUACAGCCAGGCUCUCCUGCAAUACCUCAAAGAAGAGGAAGGGGGCAGUGCUGUGAGAAGAAUCAGCCAGGAGCUUCAGAAAGCUGCCAAAGACUUGGGUCGUGACGUUACAGAGAUGACUCUGGCCCUGGGAAAGGCCUCAUCAUAUCCCCGAGCUUGCCAGGCCCUGGCUUGUAUGCUAUCCAGAAAUGCACUCAACCCAGCAGACAUCACUGUGUUGUUCAAGAUGUACAGUGGGAAUAACCCACCUCCUGUGGAAGUCAUCAGGUCACCCUUGUUCUUUGAGCUGUUCAUGCAAGCUUUGUUCAAGCCUGGGUCAAAGCUCAACCCUGAACAUAAACCCAAGUACAUCUACCUGUUGGCCUAUGCUGCAAGUGUGCAUGAAACAUGGAAAAAGAACAAGAGAGCAGCCAUUGCCAAGGAUGAGUUAAAGUCCACAUCACAGGCGAUAGAACGUGCCACAAACCUGUGCUGUAAGGAGAGGUCUGAGGUGGUGGCAGAGUUAGGAACACUGUACUCCUGUAUCAGAGUGCCAGUUGUAGCCAUGGGUGUUCUCCGGUGGAUUGACUGGACAGUCUCAGAGCCCAGCUACUUCAAGCUGCUGACAGACCACACACCCAUCCACCUGGCCCUGCUGGAUGAGAUCAGCACCUGCCAUCCCCUCCUACAUCCACAUGUGCUGAAGUUUCUCAUCAGGCUGCUGGAGACAACCUACCCAGACUUGGAUGUCCUUGUACAGCUGGAGCUGAAAAAGACCCUGUUGGACAGAAUGGUCCAUUUGCUGAGCAGGGGGUACGUGGUGCCCAUUAUACAGUACAUCAAGGGCUGCAUCGACAGAGGUGACACAGACAUCUCUCUUAUCAGACACUUUGUUACUGAGGUGAUUGACAUCAUUGCACCACCGUAUUCCUCUGAGUUUGUCCAGCUAUUCCUGCCCAUCAUUGAGAACGAGGCCAUCACAGGAAACCUGAGAACUCCUGACGAGUCCGACCCUGUCUCAGACUUCAUCGGACACUGCAGAUCCAACUUUGUAGUCAUGACGUGAUCUGACACAUCUCACGAACACUUGACAAGGUGUCCAAGGGUGUCUCUCAUGCCAAUUGAUAGCCUGGUUGGCAUCAGGACAAUAAUAUGGCCCCAUAGAUAUGCUAUACAUUCCAAGCAGGAUGCCAAAUUGGAAGAAAGAAUUUCCCUUCCCCCUGCUGCAUAACCCUGUCACCAAUAUACAUUUGAUGCCAUAAGACUACUUCAGCUGGAAGAGGGUGAAGUCAUCUGUCUUAGAACAAGUUGUUUAUUUGCAAUGAUUGAUCUUAACUGUCAACUGUCACAUAUCAUACAUCAGCAAUGCCAGUCCCCCAUUAGGAAUUUGGGAUACAUUGUUAGUACCAGGCAUUAUAGCUAUGUACAAAAGGUACUUUCAACAUAUAACAACAUCAUGAUGUUAGGCAACAUUUGAGAAAAAAAGAAUCCUUGUAUUCUUGUCAGAGGUGAACAAUUUAUUGCUUUGUAAAUAAAUUUUAUGUUGAGC